AUGUCGCUAUCACUACCUCCCCGUCACUAUCACUCCCCUACCCCCUCGCGACCAUUCCCCUACCCCGUCACUGUCACACCCCUUCGCUGUCGCGUUCUCUCCCCUUCCCCCUCGCUCGCGUGCUCGUUCACGCCCCCAUGUGUGCCUCCCCUUCCCCCGUCAUUAUCACUCCCCCUCCUCGUCGCGUUCCCUCCCCUUCCCCCUCGCUACCGUGCCCGUCCCCUCCCCCCACGCACGCCCUGCCCGUCCCCUUUGCAGGUGCUCCCCUUCCCCGUCGCCAUCUCUCCCUUUCCCCCUCGAUACCUCUCCAUACUCCCCACCGCUAGCACCCCCCUCCCCCGUGGCUAUCACUCCCUCCCCCUCACUAUCACUCCCCUUCCCCCUCCCAAACAAACCCCUUCCCCGUCACUGUCACACCCCUUCGCUGUCGCGCUCUCUCCUCUUCCCCCUCGCUCGCGUGCACGACCCCCCCCCAUCCGCGCCCUGGCCUUCCCCCGUCACUAUCACUCCCCCUCCUCGUCGCGUUCCCUCCCCUUCCCCCCCGCUACCGUGCCCGUCCCCUCCCCCCACGCACGCCCUGCCCGUCCCCUUUGCAGCGUUCUCUCCCCUUCCCCCUCGCUAGCGUGCUCGUCCUCCCCCCCCCACGCACGCCCUCCCCUUCCCCUUCGAAAGCACUCCCCUUCCCCGUCGCCAUCUCUCCCUUUCCCCACCGCUGCACUCCCCUUCCCCCGUCACUAUCACUCCCCCUCAACGGCGCAUUCCCUCCCCUCCCCCCUCGCUACCAUGCCUGUCCCCUCCCCCCACGCACGACCUCCCCUUCCCCUUCGCAAGCACUACCCUUCCCCGUCGCCAUCUCUCCCUUCCCCCCUCGAUAGCUCCCCCUUUCCCCACCGCUAG